CCUAGAACCAAGUAACUGAGUCAAACAUGUAGCAGAAGUUGGUCUGCUUGCUAAUGCUAAUGUUAAGCUUAAGCUUAUUAUAUUUUCUCCGAUUGAUCUAGCUAGUAUAUGGUAAAGUGUAACUAUUUUCUGAUUAACUCUAUCUCUGCCAUUCUUCACUGAAGAGAGAGUUUCUGAUUAAGGUUUAAUUUUCCCAUCAAAUAUUUUCCUUUUACUCGUGGAUUUGCAGCCGGUUAUAGCAAGCAUGGCUUCUUCUUCUCUUUCUUUUCAAGAAAAGUACGAUGUGUUUCUCAGUUUCAGAGGUGAGGACACACGCAAUACAUUCGCUAGCCAUCUUUAUGCAGCUCUAUUAGCAAAGCAGAUCUUAACUUUCAUGGAUCACAAGCUCGAGAGAGGGGAUAAAAUUUCACCAACACUUAUCAAAACCAUCGAAGAAUCCAAGAUUUCGGUGAUCAUUUUCUCGGAAAACUACCCUUCGUCCAAAUGGUGUUUGGAAGAACUUGUGCAAAUCCUUGAAUGCAAGAAAACAAGAGGGCAGAUCGUUAUUCCGAUCUUUUACUGCGUAGAUCCAUCAGUCGUACGAAAUCAGACGGCGAGUUAUGGAGUUUCAUUUACUGAACUUGAAAAACGUUUCAGAGAGAAAAUGGAGACGGUGAAUCAGUGGAGGACUGCUUUGACAGAAGCGUCUAAUCUUUCCGGUUGGGAUUCAAAGGAUGUCAGGCCUGAUAGCAAGUUAGUUCGAAAAAUUGUUAAAGACAUUUCAAACAAAUUGUUUAAAUAUCCUUCAUCAAAUAUGCAUAUGAAUGGGCACCUCAUUGGAAUUGAAAAAAAGAUCAAGGAAAUUGAAUCAAUAUUAUGCAUUGGGACAGAAGAUGUUCGCAUUAUAGGUAUUUGGGGUAUGGCAGGUAUUGGCAAGACAACCCUUGCUAGUGCUGUAUUUCAAAGAUUUUCAUAUUUUCAAUUUGAAAGUUCUUGCUUUCUUAGAAAUGUUAGGGAAGAAUAUUUAAAACAUGGGCCAGAUUAUAUGAGAAAGAAACUUCUGUUUGACUUAUUAAGGGACAAAUCUAUUUUGAGUAUGGAUACCCCAUUUGUAGCAUCACCUUCUAUCCAUAGCAAUCUCUGCCGCAAAAAGGUGCUCAUUGUUCUAGAUGAUGUGGAUAGUUUAGACCAGUUUGAAGCUAUAGUUACACCAUACGACCACUUUGCACCAGGGAGUAGAAUCAUUGUCACAACUAAAAACAAGCAAGUGCUAGAAAUUAAAGAUGUUGAUGAUAUUUACAAGCUUGCAGGGUUAAAUCACAUGGAAUCUUUAGAGCUGUUCAAUUUUUAUGCUUUUGGAAAAAGUUCUCCUUCAGAAGAUUAUGAAAAGCUGGUAAGCCAUGUGAUAUGCUACGCUCAUGGAAAUCCAUUGGCUCUUAGAGUCUUGGGUUCUUCCCUUCGCUCUAAAAGCACAGAUGUAUGGGAAAGUGCAUUAAGUAAAUUGAAAACAAUUCCCCACAAGGACAUUCUAAAUGUGCUGAGAAUCAGUUAUGAGGGACUAGAUAAAGGGGAGCAAAAUCUGUUUCUUGACAUUGCAUGUCUGAUUGAUCAGCCUUUUACUAAAGAUGAUGUAGAACACAUGUUAGAUGCGGGUGGCUCCUUUGUGAAAAUAGAAUUGACUGUUCUUAUUGAUAAGUCUUUAAUUGAAAGUCAUGAAUACAACAUGCUAUGGAUGCAUGAUUUGUUACGGCAAGUGGGUCAAACAAUUGUUCGUGAUGAACACAGAGAACCUGGUAAACGUAGUCGAUUGUGGGAUGUUACAGAUGUUUGCCGUGUCUUGGAAAGAAACACGGGAACUGCUGCAGUUGAAGGAAUCUCAUUCAACGUGUCUGAAAUUCAUAACGACAUAAAAUUGUGCCAUGCAACCUUCUCAGAGAUGUAUAAUCUACGAUUACUCAAAAUUUAUCGUGACAAUUUUGGUAACAACAAGUUCAAACUGCACCCCCCACAAGGUCUUGGUUUUUAUCUUUCUGAUAAGUUAACAUAUCUUCGGUGGGAUUUAUAUCCUUUAAAAUCUUUAUCAUCAAAUUUUUCUACUGAAAAUCUUGUUGAGUUGGUACUACGUGGCAGCCAUGUUCAAAAACUUUGGAAUAAUCAUGAAGUUAAGUCUCUUCCAAUAUUAAGGAGGAUCGAUCUUAGUUAUUCCAAGUCCCUUACUCAACUACCAGAUCUGUCUCAGGCUCCAAAUCUCGAAAGUAUAAAUCUUGAAGGCUGUACAAGCUUGGUUCACGUGCUUUCAUCUCUUCAAAAUCUUGAAAAGCUUACAUAUCUAAAUUUGAAUGGCUGCUCCAAACUCAGAGAUUUUGAAGAGAUGUCAAAGAGAUCAGAGGGGUAUUUGGAUGUUGGAAGUCGCAUCCAAAAUUCUACUGACAAUUUAUGUCUCUACUCAACUCAGGAUCACAUUUCUCAAAAGUUUGCACCCAAUUUAACAUAUUUACUUCUGCGUGAGACAACGAUAGGAACAGUGCCCCCAUCAAUUUGCCGUCUGUCGGGUCUUGUUAAAUUAGAUUUGAGUUAUUGCACAGGACUUGAAAGUCUUCCAACAGGCAUUUGUCAUUUGAAAUCUCUUGAAUCAUUAGAUCUAUGUGGUUGUGAGAAACUGAAAACGUUUCCAGAAAUCGUGGAGCCCAUGGAACACUUGAGAUAUCUUUCGUUAGCUUCCUCGGGGAUUGAAGAGUUGCCAGAGUCCAUUGAAAAUCUAGUAUCCCUCAAAGAUUUAUCUCUAGAGAGUUGCAAGGAUCUUGAAUUUCUCCCCAACAGUCUAUGUGAUUUAAGGAACCUUGGGAUGAUACGGCUUAGCUUCUGUUCAAAAAUUCAAAAAUUGCCUUCCCUUCCACCGUCUUUGGAACUAUUGUUGGUGACUAAUUGUAAGAGAUUGAAAUCUUUACCAGAGCUUCCAUCGCUAUGUUUGUCUUUGUCUGCAAGUGGCUGCACGUCACUGGAGAACGUUUCAGGCUGGAGGGCUCCACUAUUACACCAUGUGGACGAAUUCAUUGGAGAUUAUUCUUAUAAUGAUUACAUUGAUUUUUGCGGGUGUGAAAAACUGGAUCAGGAUACAGACAACACCAUGAUAGCUGAUCGUGCAAUAAUUCAAAUUCUGGCUCGUAUAAAAUUUCAAAAGAGCGUGGAUUAUUAUAGUUUUAUCUAUCCAGGAGAUGAAAUUCCAAAUUGGUUCAACCAUCAAACUUGUGGGACUUCAAUCAAUAAUAUUAUGCUUCCUCCAUAUUGGAAUAAUGACGACUUCUUGGGUUUGGCUUUCUGCAUUGUUUUUCAUUGGAAUAUAAUUGGCGAUGAUAAAGAGUUAUAUAUUGGUUAUAAACUGAAUUUCAAAACCAUCGAUGAUGGUAAUCUUUACAAAUAUUGUUAUUCAACUUUGGGCGAGAUAUAUGACGACUUCAUUUCAGAUCACGUGGUCAUAUGGCAUGCAGAAAGAGAGUCUUUGGAAUCUAGUGGACUAGAUUGCCCCUCUACUUGUAGUACUGAGGCCUCUUUCCAUGUCUAUCCUAGUUAUCGUCUUUUUGAAAAUGUUAACAACAAUGGAAGUGAGUAUGGGGUUUGGUUUGUUGAGCAUGCCGAGAUUAAGAAGUUUGGGGUUCGGUUUGUAUACAAACAGGACAUGGAGAGAUGUGAUGCAGAAACUGAAAGAAAGAAUAAGAGAAGCUUCAAUGAAUGUUGUGAAUCAAGUGCGAGUGAGGCUGUUGUCUCUCUUGAAGAAGAAGACGAUGAUGAAUACUACAGCUCAUGUGACUGUUUAGAAGAUGCAGAGCAAUUGGAAGUCGAGGAACGAAAGAAGAAGAACAAUUCUGUGCUUCAACUUUGAGACAAGCUUUGCUGCUAAUUAUGAAAUAAUUGUUGGCCCUGAUGGAUAAGGAAGAACAAAAUCAAAAGCAUAUUCCGUGUCUGCUAAGGUAAAUCUUUUAAAUUGUUCCGUUUUCUUUUGCAAAAAUUUUGUAGGAGUUAAUAUACUCUGUUUACAACAUUCAUAAGUUUACAAAUUGUAUGGUAAUUUUUCGAGGAAAAUUUUGUCUUUUGUUUGAAAUGCUACACAGAGGGAAAAUAAGAAUAUUUGUUACGGAAAAUAUAUUGAUGGAUUCAUGUAUAUAUUGGUGAACUUUGUUUAUCACCGUUUGGCGUGUCUUUAUUAGUUUCAGGCUUUGAAGCUUAUGUGUAUAAGCUAUCUAGACACCAUGUCGCGUAGCUUCAAAUGAAGUUCUCUCAUUCUCUUUUGUCUUUCUUCUUAUUUUGGCAUUAGAUUACUAGUUUUUGUGAUAUCAAUAUGAAUUUCUUUAAUAACGUCUAUGAGCCAUUUUACAUAGAUUUGCAGAGAAAAUUGAAUAAAUAAAGAAUGUAUUACCCUAGAAUUAUGACUCUUGGGUUUUUUAUGAUGCAUUUUAUGGGUAAAUACGUCUUUACAUCUAGUUGAACAUGCUU